GAAUAUUCGUCCGAACAAAUCAUUAUUCAUUUUACAUUUAUAGUAUUAAUUGGACCGAGGUACAAGUAUUAUAAGUAUUCAUAAUCAUAAUACCUACAACAAUAGGUAAUUGUGCUAUCUACUAUUUAGUAUAAUAAUAAUUAAGACUAGAAAAUUGGACUAUUGGACAACAGGUGUCAGGUACAACUAUCUAUAGUAUACCACUGUUCAAGUCUCCGUUCGUUUUUUUUAAAUAUGAAUGAAAAUAAUGUUUAUGGUAAAUCUUUUAAAACAUACCUUAGUGAUACUGAUAGUUCUUCAACCCAUUCAUCUUGUGAAUGUGAUGAUGUCAACUCAAAUGUUUCGGAUUUUGAGUGGGAAAAUGAAAUAAAUGACCAAGGAGAACUAUUUUAUGUUAAAUGUUCACCACGAAAACAGACAAAAUAUACCAAACACGAUAUGAUUGAAUCGAAUGAUGAACCAAAAAAGACCAAAACCACGGCAGGCAAAUUGGUUAAGCUUUUAAAGCGUAAGAAAAGAAGUAGAGACAGAAAUGAUGGAUCUAAACAUACUGGAAACUCUAAUAAAGUUACUUUCUUAGACACUCAAGAAGGCGAAGUUAGAGAAGUCACUGUUGAAGUUGAAAAUGAUAGUCAUGGUAAUCUUGGAAGAAGAGCUACAUUGACUGAAAAGUUAUUGGGUUUAUCGACUACAGUUUUUGAAGAUGGGUCGCGUAUAAUGGUGGCAUCAAUUAUUCCAAAUACUCCUGUCGAUAACCAACGAUCUAUAAAAAUAGGAGAUUGGCUUAAAAUGAUCAAUGGAGAAGUUGUCACAGCCAAAACUUUAGAUCAAAUUCUAUCUAACAUAACUCCACCAACUACUGUUAUGUUAGUUGUUCAAAGAGUGGCAGUUACCUUAGUUGACGUGGACAAACACAAUAACCAACAGUUAUCAAGUUAUUUAUCUUUGAAAACUAUUAAUGAAGAAUUUGUAUCAGAACUUGCUAAAUAUCCUCUGGCUGUCAUGUACCUGACAUCUGAAAAUUCAAAUGCUAUAUAUGUGUAUCCUAGUCCAUCAUCCAUAUUCAAUCAAAUUAAAGGAGCUUUUCAAACCAUUAGUCAUAUUGUUCCACAAAUUGUCAAAACUCAGACUAAAAGUAUAUCAAUGAUAUGUGAUGAUCAGCUAGUUCAUUCAAUAUUUUUGUUCUGUGAAGACACCAGGGAACCAAGACCAUACUUGAUCAUUGGUACAUCAAUUUAUUAUAAGGAAUACCUAUUGUCAUCUCACUUGAAUUAUGAAGAUCAAUUGGAUAUUCACAUGUUUUGCUUACAAAAUGGAUUGUUUCAUCUACCUAAAUCAGAAUAUUUAGAACGUUUAAUAAUAUUCCGAAGAGUUUAUCCUUCGUCAGUUAGAUCUAAUAGUACAUUUGUUGGCUCUGUGUAUACACUGCCAAAAUCUAAAUGGUAUUUGUUAAUUGUCGGACGUGGUAAUAAUCUUAUGGCAACACUCCUUGAAGUUGGUCCUAGUUGUUCAAAAAAUGAAGUAUUUGAUGGACCCAAUGUUGAAUAUGUGGAAGAAGCUGAAGAUACGUUAGAAAAUGUUCUUAAUAUGAAUGUUGAUGAAGUUGCAGAAAAAUGGAUUGAAGGUAAUAUAAUGCAAAUAUACCAAACAGAAACCUUAAAAAGUGCAGGGUUAAAUAUGCUUGCAAAUAAUAAGCAGUCAAGUGGUUUGCAAUUCAGAAAACCAGAAAUAAUUUCUAUUCUAAAACACAAAAAUGACAUUACAUCAAAUUCACAGUUAUUUAAUGAUUCUAGGCAGAUAGAUUCAUGUUCAGAAACAAGUUUAACGAGUAGUGGAGCGCCAAGCACAGAAGACAGCAUGUAUGUACAAGGUCCAGUAUUUGGCCGUCGAGCUGAACGCAUGAUGAAAGCUUCAUCAAUUGAGUGGUCUGAUAAUUCUGAAGAUGAAAAUACUAUUUCAGAUGGGUCACGGUCAAUAGACAUGACCGAUGUUAUAAAGAAUUCGUCAGUGUCUCCAAAUAAAUUUGGUUUAGGUAAAUUAAGUAUGCUGUUUCGUUAUCUUGACAUAAACUGCCACACUGGUGUUAUGCUAUGUUCACCAUCAAUUUACAAUGAACAUAAUUUAAAAACCAAAGACUUAUUUAAAAAUAUUGAUGAAAAGUUUAAGUCAACUGUUACUGUGUUACGAAAUUUAUUCGAUGAUUCUAAUCAGGAUGAAAAUGAAAUAAAUGAGAUAGGUGUUUUAUUUCAAAUACCUACAUCAAAUACAGAUUCUCCAAAAAAAUCUUACUUGAUAACAUUCUGGGUCACAGGGAGAUUAUUCAAAGAACCAAAUAAACGAGAGUUAUAUGUUUGUUAUGAAGAAGGGAUACCUCAAAAUAUGGUUGAAAUUGCAUUUAAGUUGGGUACAAAUUAUGCAACUGGAUARAAACAAAUUACAUUAUAAAUAAAAUAUAUGUAUUAUCCAUAUAAAAUUGAUUAUUAUAAGUCAUUAGAAUACUAUAUAUAAAUAAUGUAAUCAAUCAGAAACAAAAAUAAAGCACUAAAAGCCUUCCAAAACUCAGUAAAACCCAAAGAUCAUAUCAUACUAAACAUUUAAGGGCGAAGAUCAAA